ACCCCUUACGGCUUACAAGAAUGGAAAGAGGGAGGAAAAGAAAGGAUAGCCAUGACCGCCAUUGAAUUGGAAGCAAGAGACGAACCGAUGGAGCAGCAGGACGGCCUCUCUUCUUCUUCCUCCUCCUACGCCUCCUCUUUCUACGCCAUGAGGCAGUGCAGGAUUUGCCAUGAGGAGGAGGAUGAGAGCUCCGCGGCAAUGGAGUCUCCCUGUGCAUGCUCCGGCUCUCUCAAGUACGCGCACAGGGGAUGUGUGCAGAGGUGGUGCGACGAGAAGGGGAGCAUCCUCUGCGAGAUUUGUCUUCAGGGUUUCGAGCCAGGCUACACAGUCCCUCCCAAGAAAGCUCCGGCCGUUGAGAUGCUGGUUACUGUCAGCGAGGAUGAGGAUGAGGAGGAGCUGGAUGGGCACCAGGGCAUGCACUAUGCGCCGUCCGACGGGCCGAUGGACGGCCCGGAUACCGCCGGUUGCUCGUGGUGCCGGCCGUUGGCGAUAACGUUCACCAUCAUACUGCUGGUGUGGCAUUUCAUCGCCGUGGUGACCAUCGAGGCCGCGGAGCACUGCGCGUUCAGCCUCCUCACGAUGUACCUUCUUCGGGCCACGGGGAUCUUGCUGCCGCUCUACGCCGUCAUGAGGGUGAUCCGCAUGAUUCAGCACGGGCGGCGCCAGUACCGGUUGCAUCAGCUGCUUGAGGAGCAAAGAAGAAGGAAUGCAUCCAGGCGUAACCAGGAGCAGCAGCAGCUUGUAGUUAGUAUUCAAUGAAUACUGCACAUACUGUAUUGCAGGGGGCAAUGUUAAACCAAUUCCAUCAGUUGUAAACUAUUCUAUAUAAAAUAAAUAUAUUUAUAUAGUAAAGUUGAAAAUUA